AUGGCGACGCAGUUGCAGCCACGUGAUGCCAAGCUCGAAGACCUCCAAGGCAUCCUCAAAACCGAUUUGAGCGCUUUCGACGGCAAUCCGGAGCGAGAGAAGAACAUUGCCAAAAAUGGCUUGCCAGCAACAAAAGAGAGACUUUUGGGCAAGUACGCCAAGUUCAUCAACAAUACUGAGCGGUUCAAGACAAUUGUUGUUGAAAUCAAUGGCGAAGUCGCGUCCAUCGGCGUCCUUGAUUUCAAACCCUUUGAAGAUGACAGAGGAUUGUCAGAUGACGCUUCAGACGUUCAAAGCAAUGGUUACAACGCGUAUAAUGAUGUGUUUCACACAUACUUUGCCAGGUAUGCGGGAAGGCUUGUGAUGCUUCGCACGCUGGCAACCCACCAGGACAGCCAACGCCAAGGCUGUGGCAAAGCCAUUCUGGCCUCACUGAAGAAGGAGGCAAUUAAGGAUGAGGAUGAGGAGAAGAAGGUGAUUGCGGUGUACUCAAGCACAAUCGCAGAAGCCUUUUACACAAGGGAAGGCUUCAAGCUUGAGGGAACCCGCGGCAAAGCUGACAACCCGGCUCUUGGCUAUGUGUUCGGUGGGUACUAA